CACCUCCCAUCAUUUUCAGUUAGACAGGUUUAAAGGAAGGGAAAGGGAGGAGAUACAUAAACCAAGGAGUGAGACAUUGAGAGGUUUUGUGACACCUCACACAUUCCCAUGCACACACUACCCCACACUUCUCUUUCCAUCUCUCUAUACUUCCCCUUUGGCCACCAUGUCUGUGCUCUAUGUUAUCUGCGGUAAUGCUCACUCUCCCAUGAAUUAUAUCGCUCCACGGCUAUAAACGUUCCUCUAAGGGUUACCCGAGAGCUUAGCCUCUGUACCCCUCUGGCCUAUCUGUUAUCUUUCGAAAGGUAGUUUCUUGGGUCUUUUCUCCUUCUUAUUUCCUUUGCGAUGUUUUCACACCACCAUCUGUGUCUUGUUGGUUGACACAGUAGUUAGGACGUGAUAGCACCCAUCUUUUCUUGUCCAUCAGAUACUGAUGUCUUAUAUCUCACUUGCCUCGCUCAAGUCCUCUUGACACUUCCUCUCUCUCUCUUUCUUUCCUACCAAUCUUAUCAAUGACAAGAGGGUGUUGAGAACUGCGGUUUGGAGGGUUAGGGUGCUUUCUUCUUCAUUAUUGGUAGUGCUCGAGGAGGAGAUAGGAUCACUGGGUAUGGACGUGAUGAAGAGGAGGAAGGCGAUGUGGCUCUACCCAAAGGUGGUGGGCUUCAAUCCUCCUGAGAGAUGGGGGCACUCGGCCUGUUUCUUUGAAGGGGUUGUUUAUGUUUUUGGGGGCUGUUGCGGUGGAUUACAUUUUAGUGAUGUCCUCACUCUUGAUCUAGAUACCAUGGCCUGGAGCUCCCUUGUUACAACUGGUCAAAAACCUGGAAACCGAGACAGCCACAGCACGGCACUCGUAGGGCACAAGAUGGUGGUAUUAGGAGGUACAAAUGGUUCGAGGAAGGUGAAUGAUCUUCAUAUAUUAGAUUUGCGGACAAAGGAAUGGAGCAAACCCAAUUACAAAGGCACCCCACCUUCACCUCGUGAAAGCCACACUGCCACAUUGGUAGGAGAUGAUAAACUAGUUAUAUUUGGAGGAAGUGGAGAAGGGGAAGCAAAUUACUUGAAUGAUGUUCAUAUACUGGACUUGAAGAGCAUGACAUGGACUUCUCCGGAAGUGAAAGGUGAUAGACCUGCUCCAAGAGAUAGCCACACUGCAGUUGCAGUUGGCAAUAAGCUUCUUAUGUAUGGUGGUGAUUGCGGUGAUCGUUAUCAUGGAGAAGUUGAUGUAUUUGAUAUGGACACAAUGACUUGGUCAAGGUUGGCUGUUCAAGGAUCUUCACCUGGAGUCCGAGCAGGCCAUGCAGCAGUUAAUAUUGGGACUAAGGUCUGCAUUAUAGGGGGAGUAGGUGAUAAACAAUAUUAUAGUGAUGUUUGGGUUCUCGACUUGGGCACUUGUUUAUGGGCACAACUUGAUAUAUGUGGCCAACAACCACAAGGGCGGUUUUCUCAUACUGCUGUAGUCACUGGCACUGAUAUUGCUAUAUAUGGAGGUUGCGGGGAGGAUGAACGCCCUCUCAAUGAGGUACUGAUUUUGCAGUUAGGGUCUGAGCACCCUAACGGUCGUUACAACAUUUCCAUGUGCAAAAUUUUUGGUAACCACUGGAAUCAAGAAAAGCGGAAAUUUUUUAGAGGAACAGAAAAUUUGAAAAAUGUGGUUCUGAAAAGUGGAGAACUUUGUCAGCAAUCUCGUGAAGUGGAGGCAGAACCAAGGAACUCUCUUUUACGUGGUUUGGAUAAUAUGAAAGCAAAAAGGAGGAAAACUGGAGAUGCUAGAGUGUGGGAAAUUGAAUCAGAACAGGAAGAACAUUCUCUGUCGCUUUCUCAGCACUCAUCUCCUUCACUAUCCGAUCAAGAGCAAAAUACCAUCAAGAAAUUGUCGACUUCUGCCAAUGACUCCAUUCGACCCUCUCAACAAGUUGUUCACCACAAGCUACAUCAUCAGAGGGAGCCGUUAAAUGGUGUUCAAAGGACUAUUUUGGAUGGACAUAUAUCCGGUGGAGAAUCCCCAAGACAGCCAAAGACAACACAAUUUCUUCAUGCUUUUCCGGAAGCAAGGCAAGAAGUUCAAUUUCUAGCUGUAGAUCAAAAGCCACAGCCAAGGCCUGCUGUUCUUCCAUUGAUUGGAGCUGAGGUUCAUGGCAUGGUGGAUGGAGCAUUUGACUCGGGGUACCUUAUGACUGCUUAUGUUAAUGGCCAGAUUCUCAGAGGUGUCUUGUUUGCUCCCGGACCAGGUGUAGCAGCUUCAAGGCCUGCAGUACAUUCUCAGUGUCUAACAGGCUCCACUGCUGUUUCACAGCAUUGUUCAACUGCUCCCACUCAUGCUCUUCCCAUCCAUAGCAGGCAACAUCCACAACCGACCACCUUUGUGCUGCCUGAAUGCAGGCAUCAUGGGCGGCAGACGCACCGAGACAAAGCCCAACCAGCAAAGCUUAACAGUGAUCUACAAGGUGUUGUCCUGACUCUGGGAGGACCUGGGGGAGGCAGUGGACCUUAGAACUGAACUACAACACUCGUGAAGUCUUUUUGAAUUGACGUGUACUGUAAAUUCUAAUAUUGGAAAUAAGAAUAGAAGUUUUUGAGUUGUUUAGCUUUAGGAUUUGUUGUUGCAGUUGGUUUUGUUCCUUUGCCCUUGUUCCCUUUCUGCAGGGCAUCCUUGGCGUUUUAUUGUUAAUCUUACAUAUAAAUAUUGAUUUGGAUGUAGUUUGCUUGCGAGCGAUCGGCUGGUGUUUGGUCAAUUGGUUUGCAGUCAUUUUGUGAUGGCCAAUCUAAUAAGUUGUACCUGACUGAUUGUUAUAAGCUUUUAUCUGUGAGUGCUACCAUUAGCUGCGGUUAUUA